AUGGCGUGGCCCUGCAUCAGCCGCCUCUGCUGCCUGGCGCGGCGCUGGAACCAGCUGGACCGCUCCGACGUGGCCGUGCCGCUGACCCUACACAACUACUCGGACCUCGAGAACGAGGAGCCGAUCCCGGGCGUUGCUCCCUCGCGCAGAGGACCCUCUCCCGCAGGCGCCCGGGACCCCGGCCGGGACGUGCCGCUCACUCAGUACCAGCGGGACUUCGGCGUGUGGACGGCGCCCGCGGGGUCCAGAGAUGCAACGCAGGGGCGCGGACAGGGAGCAAGCAGCCGCAGGGCCAAGCCCUCCGCACCCCACUGCCGGGGGGUCUACGUGCUCCCCAUCGGCGACGCGGAUACGGCUGCAGUGGCGACCACAUCGUACAGACAGGAAUUCCAGGCAUGGACUGGAGUGAAGCCAUCAAGAUCCACGAAGGUGAAGCCCGCCAAAGUCAUCACAACCCACAGCUCUGGAUGGGACGGCAGCCCCAGGCCCGGUUUCCAGGCCCCUGAGGUGAGGAAAAAGUUUGCACCUAACCCUUCAGCCAUCUUUCAGGCCUCGGCUCCCCGGAUCCUCAACGUGUGA